UUGAAAAACAAGAAUUCCCGGCAUAGUUAUGUGCGUAGAUGGCACCCACAUAAAGAUUUUGAAACCUGCUGGAGACAAUUCGCACCUUUAUUAUAAUAGGAAAGGAUAUUACAGUAUUAAUGCAAUGAUAAUAUGUGACCAUAAGCAGCGAAUAAGGUAUGUGAACAGUAGGUACGCAGGUGCAAGUCACGAUUCCUUUAUUUGGGAAAAUAGUGAGGCUUCAAGACAUUUCCAAACCAUGUAUGAAAAUGGACACAGAAGCACUAGAUUGUUGGGUGACUCUGGAUACCCACUUUUACCCUGGCUGAUAACGCCCUUCCGAAAUGCCGGAGCGAAUACACCCCAAAGCCGUUUCAAUAAAAGCCAUAGCUCGGGUCGCAAUAUUGUUGAACGCACAAUAGGUGUCUGGAAGAAUUGGUGUCGAUGCUUGCUCUCAGCUCGCCAACUUCAUUAUUCUCCGGAAAAAGUGGCUCAAAUUGUUAAUGUUGCGGCGGCACUUCACAACAUUCGGAUCCAUUAUAAUAUUUCAGACGAAUAUUUAGAAGGGGUUUUUGAAAGUGAAGAGUAUGAAAAUGGCGAGCCUGUACAACAUCAAAGGUAUACCAAUGAAGCAAACCAAAUCCGGAAUGAAAUGCUACACAGCUUUUUAUAAAGAAACAUUUUUUUGUUUUCAUUUAACGUACAUAAAUAUAUGUAUGUUUGUAUAUAUUUCUUAAGAACAAAAUAAAAACAGCCUUCUUGGCAAAUGUUGCACAUUAAAACUUAAACUUAAAAUAUAAAAGCCUUCUUGGCAAAUGUUGCACUUUAAAACUUAAUCUAAACCAAAUUUCUAAUUCACAGUAAUUUUUUAAGUCUCAAUUGCUUGUUAACUUCUCCUAAUUCAAUGCUUAAAAGUUCUUGUUUCACCCUUAAUUUUUCAAUAGCAUUUGUCUCCAUAGCCAUAUUAUGUCUUUUUGUCUCCUCAAGAAAAGCUUGGAGAAUUUCAUUGUUUUUCUUCUGGUGAUCACCCAGACGGUCAACCGACCUAGUCAGAUCUUUCAGUUCUUUUUUUUACAUAUUUAAAAUGUAGUUCCUGUGCCCCAACACCUUCCGAAACUUUUGAAUAUAACCUCUCCUGCACACCGAUUUGCUUGUCUAACA